AUGACACGUAUUAAAUGUACAGAUCUUCGUGGUAAAAAGCCCGAUGAUUUACAAAAACAACUGGAAGAUUUACGUCAAGAAUUGAACGUAUUACGUGUGGGAAAAGUGACGGGUAGUGGCGGUGCAGCUAAACUAUCAAAAAUACGAAGUGUUCGAAAAUCGAUUGCUCGUGUUUUAAUUGUCACACAUCAAACAACAAAGGAAAAUUUGCGUAAAUUAUAUCAUGGUAAAAAAUUUAAACCAAAGGAUUUACGUCCAAAAAAGACACGUGCCAUUCGUCGUUUAUUGACAAGAAAAGAAAAAUCAAUUCGAUCAGCAAAAACAAAACGAAAACAAUGGGCAUUUCCACGACGAGUUUAUGGUGUUAAAGCUUAA